GCGCAGGCGCCGCGCUGGGCUCGGGGCGGGCGCGUCCUGAGCAGCUCCUGCCGCUGCCGCUGCUCCCGGGGCCCGGCUGCUCCUCGGCGGGGCUCCCGGGCGUGGAGCGCCGUCGCGGCUGCCGGUGGUCGGCUUGGAGGCGGGCGCGGGUGUCCCGGGGCAGCCCAGCCCGGCGGGUUCAGGUGUUUUCGUCCCUCGCUCCUCCGUCCCCCGUCGCAGGGGACGCGCGGAGAAGUAAAAUGCUCGGUGACACGCACUGACAGUGUCUAUAGGCGAGCGACGCAAUAAAGGCGUGCUAAGCAUGGAGGAAGAGGAAGACUAUAUGUCUGAUUUAUUUAUUAAACAGGAUGUAAGGCCAGGCUUGCCCAUGGUAAGGCGGGUUAAGGAAGCUCUUCAGAAAGAAGAAAAGCAAAAAGAAGCCAAUGAGAAGAACAGACAAAAAAGCAUAAAAGAAGAAGAAAAAGAGAGACGUGACUUGGUACUGAAAAGUGCAUUGGGCAACGAGAACAAAGGCUUUGCUUUGCUGCAGAAGAUGGGCUACAAGAGCGGCCAGGCCCUUGGCAAAAGCGGAGAAGGCAUUGUUGAACCUAUUCCUCUGAACAUAAAAACAGGCAGAAGUGGGCUUGGUCAUGAGGAAUUAAAAAAGCGAAAAGCUGAGGAAAAACUGGAAAGCUAUAGACAAAAACUCCAUAUGAAAAAACAGGCAAAUGAACAAGCUGCAGAUCAGUUCAGAAUAAGAUUCAAAACCAAACAAGAAGAACGUAAGAUGGAAGGGGACCUGCGAAAAAGCCAGAGGGCCUGCCAACAAUUAGAUAUGCAAAAAGAUAUUGAUGUUCCUAAGGAGACUUGGUUUUGGAUAGAACCUGAAGAGGAAGACAAAAAGGAUGAGGAAGACAAGGAAGAUGAAUGCACGAGCUCAGACUUAAGUGUCCCAGAAAAGCUACACAUCCUGACAGCCUAUUUGAGAGAGGAGCACUUCUAUUGCAUUUGGUGUGGAACAACCUACGAAGACUCUGAAGAUUUAUCUUCAAACUGUCCUGGAGAUAGUGCUGCAGAUCAUGACUAAAGCCAGUCUAAAGAAAGGAGCCCUGAUAAGUAAAAAUUGCACAUGAUUUCUUGCAAAGUGCCCUGUCCUGGUUACAGCUGGCAGACGUGAAUGGUCAUGUGGCCGAGGAACAGAUAUGCCCCAAGCCUUGCUGUUGCUUCUGACAUCUGUUGUCACUUCAUCAAUUGUAAUAAAUUCAUCAAACUCUGGCUUUAAACACAGUGUGAAAGGACACUUAACAAGAAUAAUUUUUAAGUGCCUUCUCUCUAUCAACAGACUUAACAAUGUCAAAUAAAUGAGAUAUAGUAAUUCUUCCUGAUGUUGAAAGCAUCUUUUUGAUUGUGGAUGCCUGCAAAAAAUAUUAAUGUUGGUAAGGUUUUUUUGUUUGUUUUGUUUUUUAAGUUAAUUCAGUAACCAAAACGUAUAUUAAAAUCCCAUACCUCUGUCGGAAAUCGAUUGGUGAAGCUCUCUGGAAGCCUACCUUCUCUAAUAGAAGGCCAUACCUGAAAUGAAUAAAAAAUAAUAGUUUUGGUAUGCUUUCAAAUCUACAGAAAAUGUAAGGCUUCAAACAGUAACUGUAAAUAGUUUGAAAGUUGGGGGUUUUUUGUUUAGUUGUGCUUUGGUUUGGUUUUAUGGCCUUUUUAUCCACUAUUAUGCAUUUCUAAGCUUAAAAGCUUCACACGCAACAAUGACAUGUUUGUUUCAAUAGUCCUCUCUAUUUCAGAACCCUUAUCUUUCUUUCUUUAAGGUAAUUGAUUUAUAUUGUCCAAUGACAUUAAAAGAAAAGAAGAAAGUUAGACAAUUGUAUUUCUGUUUGCAAGCCAAGGAGGUGUGCUUCCUCCUUUCUAUCAUAGUCAGUACCACACACUUAUUUUUGAGUCAUUGCAUAAAAGGCUACAUGGCCUCCAAAGCAACUAACAGGA